UUUGUUUGACGUUCGUUUGUUGUGUUAAUGUUGAUGUCGAUUCAAGUCGAAUGUCGAUUUUCAGCUAAUAUUUACAAAAUAAAUGAGUUGAAAGAGUUGUUCUUAUUAAAGUUAAUAUAAAUAAUUUUCAGGGACGUUGAAUGGCUUCCCGGUGCCCGCCCCUUUAAAAAUAGAUCUGACCAAAAGUUUCUUUGAGAAAAUAAAAAUAAUAUGUCCAACAACCGAUGUAACCUUCAGGUGAAACAGGAGCCUGCAACGCCUGACCGUUCUAAGGACGAAGACGAAAUUUCGCUCGAUAACCUGUGUAAAGCGAUAGACACGGUGGUGAAGUCUGAUAUUGUGUCCAAUGAUGGAACUGUGUUGAUUAAACAAGAGGAGGAAUCAGUUGGUGGGUCUUCUGAUGAUGAAAGUGUUGAUGAUGAUGAUGAGACAACUAGAGAUUUAGAAGAUACAGAUGUCUCCUUGCCUAAAACGGCGACUAAAAGACCAUACAGCCUUAUAAGUGAGGGUCCUGAAGAAAAUUUAAAUGUAAAGAGGGGGAAAAAAAAAAAGAAGAGGUCUGGUAAAAAAAGACAUAAUGAAUAUUUUAUGGCUGUCUGGGGAUUUCCAGCUAAUUUCACCGAAGCUCAAAUAACUACAUCAAUGAUGGAAAUGUUUCCAAAUGCUCAAAGAUUUGAGGUUCUGGAGCAUGGGGAAUCCACCCUUAAAGUGGCCUGGUUUAAGUUUAAAGAUAAUCCGCAAUGCACAGCUGCCAGAGAUGUAAUUCUUAAUGGUGCAGAGGCUGGUGGGCAGAAGCUUUCAGUCGUAAAAGGCAAUUCAUGUUUGAGAAAAAAAGUAUUAACGGGAAUAGUGAUGCCAAUACUUCACUCACAAAAUGAGGAUGUCAGCACAUCUGUGCUGGGAGAAGACGACAAUGAUGAAACGGAAGACCUCUGUGAUAAAGACAUUUGGGAUAAAGAUCCUUCUGGAAUGUACGGUCUGAGCAUUGCACAUUUAAAUAAAAUAAGAGUAAAGCCACCUCUUUCGCCAUGGGUUCAUAUAAGCAAUUUUUCAUGUUCUGCACUUCGGCUCAAGGAUCUUCUGUCGCUGGCUGGCUCAGUGCUGAUCUGCAACAUCAAAAUGAGUGACAAAAUGUCAAAAACCUUAGUUGCUAAAGCCAAGUUCAGUCAUCCCAUCGAAGCGGCCCAGGCAGUGUCUAUGUUUAAUGGCAUAAGCUUAGAUGGUGAUACUCUUGUGGUAGCCAUGGAUCCAAACUCGUAUUCCAUCAACGAUCUUCUACCAGUUGGGGUAAAAAAUCUAGGUCCUGGGUUUGGAAUAAAUGGCGAACCAGAAGCUGACAUUGUAAGAAAGUGCCAAAGAUAUUUUCAGGGCAAAAAUGUUGACAUAAACCCAGAAUUAUUCUCAGUUAAUCCAGACCUUAAAAGCGAUAAAUCAACUCAAACUGUGGUUCAGGAUGAUAUGAGGCCGUUCACUGUGAUUAUUAAGGAGUUGAUUGAUAAAGGUGUUAGAGGAACCGACAUAAUGAAUGCUUUAAGAAGAAUUCGAAUACCAAAUAAGGGCAAUAAUGACAGUCACGGCAAUCUUCCCUCAAGAAACCAAGAUUCUAAUGUAACAACCACACCGCAGCUGCAAAAAACAUCACUUUCGACGAUUUCCAGCCAAAUGAAGAACUCUUCAUCCCAAAACACAUCACAUCAAAAUACAAACGCAAGUUCCAAUAAUUUGCCGGCCAGCGCUACGUCGAAUAACUUUGGAGAGCACAAUAAUCAAAUAAAGCCUUCACUAGAAAUGAAUGUGGUUAGGCCAAAUACAGUAAGAGAUGGCAUAAACAGGUUGGAAAGACCGAAUUGGUCACAACCAGGUGGAAAUGUGAUAAGAACGGAUCAUAAUGUGAUGGCAUCUGGACCAAACGUAGUACAAUCGGCAUCAAACAUGCCUGGCCCUGGAAAUAAUAGUAAUAUGAUGGCAUCUAGACAUAAUAUGAUAAAUUCUGAGCCAAACAAUAUGAGAUCUGAGUAUAAUAUGAUGGAAUCUGGGCCAAAAAUUGAAGAAAAUCGUAAUAAUAUUGCAAAUUUUAGGCCAAAUAUGGAUGGAGUUAGGCAUAACAUGAUAGGGGCAGAAAAUAAUAACGUGUUAGGUCCUGCAUCAUAUAUAAUGGGUGAGAGGUGGUCCAGAAACAAUAUGAUGGAUUCUGGGCCAAAUAUAAAUGACGGCAGAUAUCGUAAUAUGAUGGGUUCUGGCCAAAACAUGGGCGGUCCUGGAUGGUCGGGAAUGGAACCAAAUAUGAUAGGACCAGGAAAUAAUAUGGCAUCUGGGCCAAAUAUGACAGGACCAGGAAAUAAUAUGAUGUCACAUGGACAAAACUUGAUGGGUUUUGGGCAAAACACGACGGGAAGCAACUUUAAUAUGAUGGAACGUAGUAGUGUUUCUUUGCAACCAGAUGGCAGCCAUAAAAUAUUACUAUCUAUAAAAAAUGUAAGUGAAUAUUUGAAAUAUUAAUAUUAUUUAUGUUUUGGUAGUUUUCUGGCUUUUUUUUGCACCAAAAUAGCCGUUGCAGAUUGCUGAAAAAUCAAUAUAUAACAUGAACAGUCAGCUCUACAGGUGUUGCAAAAGUAUAUACAAACUAAGCAUAAAAGGGGGUGACUCAGGGGCUCAAUCUGAACAAC